AGAGGAAAACUAUGAAUAACUCAUCUCUCGAAAGCUUUUCUCAAUAUGUAGCAGAGCUACACAGAGAAUUUUUUGUUAAGGUUUGUUCCAAAUGGAGAGAAAUUGCACUCACCAUGAGAGAAACUGUCUUUGAUGAGGAUGACAAUCAGCACAUAGAUAUUCAUGAUAUCAAGUGUAAGGAAUGGGGAUUUCUCCUUAAGAAAUUGUUUGGUGUAACCCUUGGCACAGGUGAUUAUGGCCAUUUGACCAUUGAUCAUAGUGCAAUGCUACUCCGACAUUUUAGGUCAAUGUAUCAUUAUUCUGGGCAAGGAUUCGAAGCCUCGCACAAGUUGCAUCGCCAGUUGUAUUCCAGAGCAACAAACCAUGAUCAGGCAGGCCCUGGAGAAUCAUUGGACCAAAUACUCACCCAUUGGUAYGCAACCCAUCUACUGGAGCUGAGAUAUACAUUCCGCGAAGCAGUAAAAUGCCUUGAUUCAG